AUGUCACUUAAUAGUCAGCAACAAGCUGCAGUUCAGGCACCAAAUAGACCCGUUUUGGUUUUAGCCGGAGCAGGAACCGGAAAAACUAGGAUACUUAUAGAGAGGGUAGUUAAGUUUAUAAAUCAGGAUGAAAUAGACCCUAGACGGAUUCUUAUCAUAACCUUUACUAACAAGGCAAAAGAUGAGAUUAGAAGUCGUAUAGAACGACAGACGGGAGAGGACAAGAUACCCCCCUACAUUUUCACAUUCCACGCUUUCUUUCAUCAUCUUCUGGUGAAGGAUGUAGAGAAACUGGAUACUAAAUAUAGGAACUUCAAGCUGAUAGAUGAAAAUGACAGACGGGCAAUAGUUCGAAGAUUGCUCAAACACUUUAUCAUAGAGGGGAAUGACGGUGAAAUGGACGUUAGAGACGUCAUCAACCUAAUCUCGGUUACAAAGAUAAGGAGUAAUGAUCUUUCUCUUAUGGAGGAGGCAGAAUUGGUCUCAAAGAAGAGAAAGGUGGACUUUAAGUACUUUCUGGAGCUCUACAAUCUCUACACCAAAGAACUACGUGACAAUAAUUAUUUUGAUUAUGACGACCUGGAGGUCUUUGCCCUAAAGGUUCUAGAUGUCCCAGAAGUUAGAAAGUACUGGUCCGAAUACUUCAAGGCCAUACUGAUAGACGAGUUUCAGGACACCAGCGGAAUACAGAUAGCCAUAAUUCGAAAGAUAACUCAACCGGAGGUAUCCAAUCUAUUCUGUGUAGGAGAUCCUGAUCAAUCCAUUUAUGGUUUCAGGGGAGCCAAACCUGGAAUAUGCUCCGAGUUUCUUGAUGAAUACAAGGCUAAUUGUAUAAAGCUGGAGGAUAACUAUAGGUCCACUCCACAGAUACUCAACGCCGCCAAUACCAUCAUUAAUAUGUAUCGAACGGACCAUAGACUUUCUAAGAAACUUAGGGCUGCGUCGGACAUUAGAAAUGACCAUAAGAUAACCUGUCGGAAAUUCAGAACCGACGAACAAGAAGCUGCUUAUGUUUGUUCAGAAAUAAAGGCCCUUUUGAGAUCCAAUAGGGGUAUAUCCCCCAAAGAUAUAGUUAUCCUCUACAGAAAUAACUUCCUGUCAAAGCCCUUUGAGCUGGCCCUAAAGCAGGCAAAUAUAGAGUAUUCCAUAACCAAUGCUACCGAAUUCUUUUCUCGCAAGGAAAUUAAGUUUCUAUUGUCCUUUCUUAAACUUCUCUACUUCUGGAGGGAUGGCGGAGUACACAUCUUUCUCUAUGAUGUGCUUAAUGAGUUGAAGGUGGGUGUUGGUGAAAAAGCCUUUAACACCUUCUAUGGAUUCAUGAGGGACGAGGGCCUCAACCUGGUUGAUGCCAUAGACUCUUUAGAUAAAUGCUCUGCACUAUCUUCUCCGGCUAAAAAAGGUCUAAGGCUAAUUGGAGAGUGGAUAAAGGAAUUGGAUCCAAUCAAAGAGAAGAGUAUAUUUGCGGUGGUUAACCGAAUAAUAGAACUCACAAAUUAUGAGGAAAGAUCACAGAAGGAUAAGGCUGAGGGUCGGAUGGAGAACAUUCAGCAGUUUGCCGAACACCUGUCUCAAUUGUCCAGUUCAAAUAAAACCAAUCGCCAAAUAAUAGAAGAGAUAACACUGAGGAGCGUUGAUGUUGGGAGUAAGAAGGAGGAUAUGGUCUUGCUAAGCACCGUUCAUCAGGCUAAAGGACUCGAAUAUAAGUAUGUCUUUAUGGUGAAGAUGGUAAAGACCGUUUUCCCUUCAUUUAGGUCUAAAACUCAAACGGAACUAGAGGAGGAGAGAAGGUUGGCUUAUGUUGCUGUAACUCGGGCUCAACACAAACUGUAUAUUACCUUUUCUCCUGUCAAUUCAAAAUCAGGAAUAAGGAUUGAUACCCCGUCUCUGUUUGUGGAGGAGAUUAGGGAUCUACCUGAAGUGGAGUACUACGAGCACUCCAACCCAUCCUUUGGGCUCAAAAGAAGAUCCUUCUUUUUCUAG